UCUUCUCCCUCUUCUUUUCUUCCCUCUUCCACUUUGCUACCUUUUCGUUAAACAACCCCCCCAAAAUGCCCCCCAAGGAGGAUAACAAGGCCAAGGAUGGCACUGUGACCGUCAACAUUGAUGAGUUCACCAGAUCUCGCGACAGUGUCCUCGUUAGCCUUACGCAACUGAGCUCAGCAGUCGCGGACUUGUCGCGCGCCUACAUCAACCACUCCAACACUGUCUUGGGUCGCAAGCCCGAGGAUUUCGACCUGGGCAUCAUCAACAGCGGCAUCACCAACGCCCUGUACCAGAAUGGUCUGCUCACCCGUCCCUCCAGCCCCGGCGCCAAGUCCGAGGCCGGUGGUGACAAGAAGAAGCGCAAGCGCAAUCACGACCCUAACGCCCCUAAGCGGGCCCUGACCCCGUACUUCUUGUACAUGCAGCACAACCGGCCGCAGAUCCAGAAGGAGCUUGGCGAUGACAACGUCAAGCCCAAGGAUGUUGCUGAAGAGGGUACUCGUCGUUGGGGGAGCAUGACUGAUGUCGAGAAAGCUGUCUGGAAGAAAAUCUAUCUAGAGAACCUCGAGAAGUACCGCCAACAAAUGGGCGAGUACAAGGCUCAGAAGGAGCAAAAAGCCCACGAGCAUGACCAAGCGGCCAGCUCCCAGCUGCAGCAGGAGGCCACCGCCGAGCCGUCUCAGGCCGGAUCCGAUGACGAGGAAGAGAACGAGGAGGAAGAGGACGAAGAGGAAGCCUCUCCUGAGUCUGAGGUCGAGGCUUCUCCUACUCCCGAGCCCCGCAAAGAGCCGUCGCCCCCGCGCAGCAGCAAGCAGCGUCGCCGCAGCGAUGUCGCCAAGACCUCCAAGGCGGUCGAGGAGUCUCCCGUUGCACCCAAGUCCCCCGAGAAGAAGAAGCGCACCAGUGCUCGCAAGGAGAAGGAGCAAGAAACGCCUGCGCCUGCUUCUACUCGCAAGACUACCGAGACCAAGCGUCCUCGGAAGAAGAGAAAGAGCGAUGCCGGCGACGAGUAAUUUAGCCAAUGAUAUAUUGAAUCUUUGGUUAGUGGGUGCUUGGAUGUACUUUUGCUUAUCAGCAUCUUGUGUGUUCUUUGUCUCGCGGGAGUUUCUGGGCGCAUGUAGUACUGGUUACUAGUAGUAGUUUGCAAUGAAUCCAAAAGUUGAUGAUGUCUGUCCC